UAUGUCAUUGGAUAAAUUCCUCCUAUUAGCCUCAUCGAGGCAAUCCCUUGUUGAAGGUUGUCAUCGUUAGAAGGCCAUGUUAAGUUGGGCUGUAUAGUGCUUUUCAAAGUUGUUUACCAUUUUCUUCUUGCAACAAGUUUACUGUUAUAAUAUAAAAUAAUUGAAGUGAUUCAUUAAUUUCUGCUACAGUUUGUUUACUUGCUAAGAAAAUGCUCGACUCCAACUUAAAAUCCGCCGUUAUUCAGGUGGCAGUUUGCACGCUGGCGAAUUGGGGUAUGGUGACCUCUGGUAUAAUUCAAGGGUUUCCCUCUGCGUUGAUGCCUCCUCUCCUGGGCUCAGGACCAGGCCUUCACACCUCCGUUCAUCACUCCUCCUGGAUAGUUGGGGUGACCUAUCUAUCAGCGUCAGUGAUGUGUUUACCAGGAGGAUAUCUGACUGACUGGAUCGGACGCCGCUGGGGCCUGCUGCUGUUGAAUCUCUCCUUUGCUGUAGGCUGGCUUCUGAUCGCACUGUUCCCUCUCUCUCUAACCGCCCUGUAUAUCGGCCGUGGUAUAUCAGGCAUGGGUCUCGGACUGGCUACUUCUGUUGGAGCCACCUAUACAGCUGAGAUAGCCUCGGACUCUCUGCGUAGUGUGCUUGUCAUGUUCACUCCUGUCAUGUUGUCCUUCGGGCUAAUCCUAGUCUACCUUUGGGCAUUUCUCUACCAGAACUCGUGGACAGAAUUGUCAUAUUUCGCAUUCGGCCUCUCCAUGAUCCCAGUUUCGCUGGGUAUGCUGCUGCCAGAGAGUCCGCUGUGGCUGCUGAACAGAGGUCGUGCUGAAGAAGCGCUGCAGGCUCUGCAGAGGUUACGAGGAACCUCAACCCCCGAGCAGAUCAGAAAGGAGCUUGACAACUUCAGCAGCAUUGUAAAGGACAAGAAACAAACAGUUUCCUGGUUCUCAACCCUCAACCAUCUAAAGCAACCUCAGGCCUUCAAGCCACUCCUCAUAAUGAAUGUCUACUACUUCCUCAUUCACUGCUCUGGAGUGUCAAUUGUUGUAGUGUUUGCUGUUGAUUUUGCCCGAGAUGCCGGUAUAAGAGCAGUGGCAUAUCAUGUAGCUCUGGCUAUUUCGUUAACGCGGAUAUUCGCCACUUUUCUGACUAUUUGGGCCUGCAAUACAUAUGGGAGGAGAAAACCAGCUAUUGUAUCUGGAGUUAUAAUGUCAGUUUCCCUUGCCAUUCUCUCUCUGUCCAUCUCAAAAUUCCUUAUAUUGACUCCCUGGCUUGUUAGCAUCCUCUUGGUGGUCUACAUGCUCUCCAGCUCUCUUGGUUUCUCCACAUUGCCUAUGUCUAUGAUGGGAGAACUGUUUCCGACAGAUGUGCGAGGGUUGGCGAGUGGUCUGACAGCUAGUAUGAUCUUCCUGGGAUCAUUCUCCUCAGUGAAACUCUACCCAAUCAUGGUCGUGACUUUCGGAUCGUUUCCUGUCUUCAUGUUUUUUACCAUAUCUGGACUGUUUGGAACAAUCUUUAUUUACCUUUUCCUACCCGAAACCAAUGGGAAAACAUUGGAGGAAAUCAAAGAGUAUUUUAUAGACAGGAAGUACCAAAGAGGUGGCUAGAAUGAGGAAUCUGUUUCAACAAGAGGAAGAGCAAAGUCUUUUGCAAGAUCCAGAGUCUGACAAUCCCGCAUGACUGGAUAGUUGGUGAGUUUUGUAUUCCUCCUAAAAUGUUAUGGAGAGCAAAACAAAGUCUUUUGCAUGAUCCAGAGUCUGACAAUCCUGCAUGACUGGAUAGUUGGUGAUUUUUGUAUUCAUCCUUACCCAUCCAGAAAAUCUUUUUUUAGUUUUUACCGGUUUUUAAUGUCUCAAAUCUAAUUGUUAAAAAUUAGAUUUCCUGUUAGUAAUGGUUUAUAAUUUAUAUAGUUUCAUAUGGGAAACCUAUAUUGAAUAUAAGUUAUAAACAAUUGACGUUAACAAAUAAACAUAUUUUUAUCAUUUUUUUUAUUAUUGGGAUACUGUUCUAAGUUUCUGAAAUGAAACCUUUAUGGAUUCAAGUUCCUAUUUAUAAAGCAGUUGUAAAAUUUAGCCCCAUAUUAAAGGCAGAGCUUCAUAUUCCUUCUUAAGCUCAUUAAUUUACCAGUAAGCCAAUCACUUUAUUAUCAAUGUUAUUUUUCACUGUCUAACAUUUAGUUAGUGUUAUACUAACAGACCUGUCUUCUAGUAACUGCAACUUAAUAAAAACCUUUUUAGCAGCCUUUGAAAAAACUAAAUAUAUAGAAUAGUAUUCUAUAAAUAGAAAUUUG